UGUACAAGCGAGUCUUCUGUGAUGUUCACUUGUCGCGGUAGCUAAAAUGGCGUCGGGUGCCAUUUCGGUGGAGUCGAAGAAAAUUGGAGAUUUGCGUGUUAUUGAUUUGAAAACAGAGCUCAAGCGAAGAAAUUUUGAUGUCACUGGGGUGAAAAAUGUUCUUAUCGCCAGAUUGAAGCAGGCAAUUGAGGACGAAGGGGGCGAUCCUGACAACAUUGAAAUUCCCAUCUCUGCUGACACACCAACCCGCAAGGGUGCUAAACCCAAAGGAAAGAAAGUGGACUCCGACACGGACAACCCUACCGAAGAGGAAGCCUUCAGCAAGGAGACGGAAGAGGAAGAGUCAGAGAAAGAUGUUACUGAUACCGAUGACGGUACUCGUGACAAUUCUAAAGCGCUACCCAGCGAAGACGGCCUCCCAGAGGCGGCCGAUAACGCAGAGGAGAUGGAAAGCGAAACCCCCGCCGCUGGCGGCUCUCAAGAGGCCGAGGCCGAGCCGGAGACAGAACCCGAGCCUGAGCCGGAGGCCGAGCCUGAGGCCGACGCAGACGAUGAUAACAUAUCCGUCACUAUCCAGGCCGAAGACGCCAUCACCCUUGACGUGGAUGGCGAUGACCUGCUGGAGACAGGUAAACAUGUGAGACUUCCAGAUGCCGAGGCAGACAAGGGCAGCGACGAGCUGGAGCCCGCUAGCCAGACGAGCCGCCAUCAUGAGGAAGAGGCCAAGGCCGAGGCGGCCAAGGACGGCCACAAGGAUGGCAAGAAGGACGACGGGCCUAAGCAAGACUCCUCCGGCAAGAAGGAGAGCAGGGAGACCUCGAAGAAAGCCGAAACAGGAGGAGACAAAGAGAAGGAUUCUGGGAAGAAAGGCCCCUCGUCCACUGGGGUCGCAGGUCAAGUUAAGAGCUCCUCCAAGGACAAGGAUGGCAAAGCUCCCAAGGAUGAGAAAGGGGGAGCCAGUGGGAGCGGGACUAGUAGCUCCACUCGCAACCUGUGGGUGAGCGGCCUGUCCUCCAACACCAAGGCAGCCGACCUCAAGAACCUCUUUGGCAAAUACGGCAAGGUGUUCAGUGCUAAGGUAGUGACCAAUGCCCGCAGUCCUGGUUCCAAGUGCUAUGGUCUGGUCACCAUGUCGUCCAGCGCGGAGGUGUCCAGGUGCAUCUCUCACCUGGACCGCACGGAGCUGCACGGGCAGCAGAUCUCCGUGGAGAGGGUGAAGAGUGAUCCGUUCAAGAAGGAGGGUGAAGACAAGAGCAGCUCGGGGAAAACCUCUGGAGACAAGCGCACUGCCACGGGCACUAAGGCCACCAGCAAGACCCAGACAUCGACUAAGAAGGAUGAGAAGAAGUCGUCUGACAAGCCGUCUGAGAAGGACAGUAAGGACGUCUCUAAGAAGCAGGACUCCAAGAGUGGCAAAUCAGACGCACCCUCCUCCAGCUCCACGGCCGACGCCUCCAAGAAGGACGACAAGAAGAAACACGGAGCCAAGAGCCCCAGUAAGAUGGUGGUGAUUGACCAGGCCAAAGGGGAGAGUUUCAACAUGAGGCCGCCCAUGAGACGCGGACGCUUUGACAAGCCUGGUGGCUUCCCCAACAUGGCGGGGCGUCGGCCCAGAUGGUUCAUCCCUCCUGAGAUGGAGAUGAUGAAGAACAAGGGCCGUAUGUUCCCGGGGGGGAAGGUGGCCACUAACGACAUCCUGCCCUUCGACAAGAUGAAGGAGCAGAAGAUGAGGGAGAGACUCGUCAGACUGGAGCGCUUCCACAGGGCCAUGGAGCUGCGCAGGCGGCGUGAGAUGGCGGAGCGCGAGAGGCGAGAGCGUGAGCGCAUGCGUCUGCUGAGAGAGAGGGAGGAGAGGGAGAACCUCCUGAGAGAGAGACAGCGUCUGGAGGUGGAGAGACAGAAACUGGAGCGAGAACGCAUGGAGAGGGAGAGGCUGGAGAGGGAGAGGAUCCGCAUUGAACAGGAGCGGCGUAAGGAGGCGGAGCGUCUGGCCCGUGAGAGGGAGGAGUUAAGGCGGCAGCAGGAGCAGCUCCGUUACGAACAGGAGAAGAGAAACAACCUGAAGAGGAGCAGAGACGUGGACAACAGGAGGGACGACCCAUACUGGAAUGGCAGUAAGAAAGUGGCUCCAGAGCCGGAGGGCAGGAUGAAUCAGGGUUCUGACUACAACCGUCAGCAGAACCGCUUCAACGACUUCACACCACGAGACCGCAAUCGCUACCCAGAAUCCUCUGCUUCCCAACCCAACACUUUUGACAGACGUGGCCGUUUUGACAGUGACUCUGAUGCUAAGAAGAGUCGCCCUGCACAGCGGCGUGAGGGGUCAGGGUUCGAGCGCUACCCUAAGACCUUCGACCCCGUGAGGCGACCGGAGCCGCCACCCCCUCCUCAGCGGGCGGAGAUGCGUGACGGAGAUCGCCGCGGCGACCAGCGACGCACAGUCACGCUCCCGGACAGGCCCGCCCCCGGACGAGCCCCGCCCCCUCCCAACCUCUCCCACACCCGCUCCCCACGAGAGCCGGCGCACACACACACACACUCGCACACACACACACACUCCGGCUGGAAGAACGACGGAGGGAUGAGCUCCACCAAGGGGGACAUGCGCGGAGCGGUGCGUAUGCGUCCAGAGCGUUCGGGGAGAGACGGUCCAGGUGGCAUCCCCAUCAGAGGCGCCUCUUCAGCCAGCAGGGGCAGGAGCAGCUUCAGCAGCAGGGACUCCAGUGCACCCAUGGGGAUGGAGGAUCAGCACUUUAGCGGAGGCCGGCAGGUGGUUGUUGAGCGCCACGGACGUGACCCCGCCCCCCGGAAGGACUGGGGCGGAGCCUCUCAUGGUGGGGGACACUCCUCCAGCUUCAGCGAUGGGCGAAGGAUGGCCGACAGCCACACACACACACGGCCUGGCAUGAUGGCCCCCCACUCCAGUCAUUCCUCUACCGGCAUGAAUCGGAUUGUGCAGAUCACCAACUCUUCCCUGUCGCCUGGUAACGGCGGCGGCUUCAAGUCCUUCAAAGGAGCCCCGCGCCGCUUCUAGAAGAACGAAGAACGCCGCCCCGAUCCACCCCAACGCUGAACUCCACCUCUGUUCCACGCAGUCUUUUAUACAAACUGAAGAUGAACCUUUUCUUUGUUUUUUAAAAGAUGGGGAUUUUGCUGUUUUUAAGGUGGGAAUUUGGGCAGUAGGUUCUUGUACAGAGUUGUGUGUUCAUUUUUUUGUGUUAUUUUUGUUAUUUUUAAUUUCCUUUAAUUUUGUUUUGUGUAAAUGUAGAGGCAGAUACCCUGUGAGUAGAGAACUCCCAUCUUCUGCUGUCAUGUGAACAUCAACCCCGGUGCACAAACACUGACUUGGUUUUUUUUUUUCUUCCGGAAGACGCCUGUACAGCUUUAGUUUUCCUAACGAGUGUUUGUGUGGUUUCCAAACUGCCCCCAGACCGUCGUGUGUGUGAGUGCGUGUGUGAGUGCGUGUGUGAGUGCGUGUGUGAGUGCGUGUGUGUGUGUGUGUGUGUGCGUACGUUAGAGAGAGAGUGUGACUGUGGUCGUUCCCUGAUUCUGCUGACCUGUCUCCAUAAGCUGCUUUUUGGUCACACUUGGGGGUUGAUAUUAAACUAUUCAACUUGUA